AUGGCUUCUCAACAGAGCCCCCCCUUCAAGGUCGACCGAUAUGUUGUCAUCCACGUCGCAACUACUUGCGACGAGCAUGGCGUCUACGUGACCAAAGACUCGGCCGAGGUGAUCGAGCUUGGUUGGAUACUCCUUGACGCGAACAGUCUGGAAGAGCUUCAUCGCGAAAGCGUGCUCGUCAAGCCAGUCAACACCCCGAUCACUCCUCUCUGCACGAGUUUGACCACGUUGACCUGGGAGCACGUUCGGAAUGCCGGCACUUUCAGAGACGCCAUCAAUCGCUUCGAUGCUUUUGCCUCUGAACAUUUGACGUCGCAGAACCUCGACUUCGUCUUCGUCACGCUCGAGGCCUGGGAUCUGCGCGUCCAGCUUCCGCGAGAGGCCCGCGAUAAGUCGGUUGUGCUUCCCCCUUAUCUCCAGCACUCACGCACUUUUGAGCUCCGCACGGAAUACCAGAGAUGGCAGCAGCAUCACCCCGAGUCGCUGCCCUUCGGGCCCUCGUCGCUGGCGAAUAUCUGUGCCGCGUUGGAGGUGGAGGCUGUUCAGUCCAGUGCUCCCAUCAAGCAUAACCUUCCCUUCCACCUCCAGGCUCUGGCCCCGGCAUCGCCUCGUCGUGCCAUGGAGGAAGCCGUGACGCUGGCCCGCGUCCUCCGCGGCCUGAUACGGAAGUCGCAACCGCCUCAUGAACACCCUGACGUGCUCACUCGCCCGAUGGAUGCCCGUGCUGAUGUUCGCGCUUUCUUGUCAGAGCGCAGCAAGGUGCUUCACAUGUCUGGUCUGCCUCACGACACUACUCAGUCGGAACUCGAGAGUUGGUUCACGCAGUUUGGCGGCCGCCCAAUUGCAUUCUGGACUCUACGCACCCCUGAACAGCACAAGCCUACCGGUACUGGCUUCGCAGUGUUCUCUUCCCACGAAGAGGCUGCCGAAAGUCUGUGCAUGAAUGGGCGCGCUCUGAAUGAGAAGGCCAUUGAAGUGUCUCCAUCUUCAAGCCGUGUUCUAGAUCGCGCCGCCGAGAUUCUUACGCCCUUCCCGCCCAGUAAGAACAGGCCUCGGCCCGGUGACUGGACCUGCCCGUCUUGCGGGUUCUCCAACUUCCAACGCCGCACCGCUUGCUUCCGAUGCUCGUUCCCUGCUGUAGGCACCGGUCCCACAGGCGAAAUGGGCUAUGGCUACGGUUACGCACCGCCCAUGAUGCCGCCGCCUCCUCACAUGGGCCAUCACGGUCAUGGCGGUGGCCACGGCCGUAUGGGCGGCUCCGGCGUUGUUCCGUUCCGCGCUGGCGAUUGGAAAUGUGGCAACGAAGUUUGCGGUUACCACAACUUUGCAAAGAACGUCUGCUGCCUCCGCUGCGGCGCCAGUCGCGCGGGGGCCGCCGUGGUCGCCGAUUCCGGCUAUCCCUCUCCCAUGGACCCCCCUUCGACGUACGGCAUGGGCCAGGGUUCCAUGGGCGGCACUCCCGGCCCUGGCCCGUUCGCCUCGGCUGCCGGUGGCUUUGGCUCCGGGGCUGGAUACGGUCAGCACUUUGGAGGCCCCCCCAGCACCUAUGCUCUCCCAUCCGGUCUGGGCGGUGGUGCAGCGCCCUACCCUCCGCUGAACACACACUUUGGACCUGCUCCGGGUUCUCACUCGGCCGGCCCGUUUGAUAGCCGCGCAGCCGAGGCCGCUUUCCAGUCAGCAGGCAACGGCCCGGCAUCCGCCGGUCCGGGCAACAACUUCUACUCCCAGACCGAGAACGACCCAUUUGCAUUUCUCUCCUCGGGUAUCGGCAGCCUGUCCGUCAGCAACCAGGAUGCCCGCCAGAACGGCGGUGCUGCUCCACCGAGCAAGUCGCCCGCAUAG